AUGUCGCACCCUACAGGCGUUGUCGAGCGCGCCGAGGAGGAGUCCUCCUUCUCCGAGUCCCAGGAAACUCUCAAUGACAAGCAGAUCGGCGUCAUCGCCGCAGAGGCCGGCCGCAGCGUAGCCGACUGGACCCUCUGGGUCGGCAUCUUCGGCAUCGCCCUCGUCGCUUACCUCGCCGGCCUCGACAACAACACUAUGUACGCGUGGCAGACCGCUGCCACCAUGCAGUUCAACGGCUACCCCGCCUACACCGCCAUCAGCAUCGUACAGGCCGUCCUCAUCGCCGUCGGCAAGUUCCCCAUCGCGAAAUUCGCAGACGUUUUCGGUCGCGGAACCGCCUACAUCAUCUCCGUCGUCUUCUGGGUCCUCGGCUUCAUCAUCGUCGCCGUCGCUCAGACAACCCGCGACGUCGCAGGCGGCACCGUCCUCUACGCCAUCGGCAACACCGGCGUCCAGAUCAUGCAGCAGAUCGUCCUCGCCGACUACAUCUCCACCAAGUGGCGUGGUGUCUCCAUCGGCCUUGUCAGCCUUCCCUACAUCCUCAACUUCUGGGCCGCCGCCCAGAUCACUCAGAAGAUCGUCACCGUCAACUGGCGAUGGGGCCCCGGCUUCUUCACCAUCUGCGCCCCCGUCGCCGCUUCCUUCAUCAUCGUCGCCCUCUUCGUCAACCAGAGGAGGGCAAAGGCGAAGGGCCUCAUCCCCGCUCACCCUUACAAGAGCAUGCCCCUCGGCAGCGCAAUCUGGGCUUUUCUCGUCGACAUCGACACCCUCGGCCUCUUCCUCUUCUGCGGCGGCUUCCUCCUCUUCCUCCUCCCCCUCAACCUCGCCAAGCUCCAGACCAACGGAUGGCAGACCGGCUGGAUCAUCGCCAUGCUCGUCCUCGGCGGCUCCAUGAUCAUCGGCUUCUGCAUCUGGGAGUUCUUCGCUCCCAAGCCCAUCCUCAACCGUCGCUGGAGGCUCAACAAGGACGUCCACUUUGCCACCGCCAUCGGCUUCUUCGACUUCUUCAGCUUCUACACCUCCUGGGUCCCCGCCUACACCUGGUCCAUGAUCGUCAUGGACUACAACCUCAUCGACGCAGGCUACUUCUCCAACUGCCAGUCGCUCGCCCUCACGGUCUUUGGCAUCACCGCAGGCUUCAUCUCGCUCGGCACCAAGAACUACAAGUGGAUCCUCAUCUCCGGCGCCGUCAUCCGCAUGGUCGGCGUCGGCCUCAUGAUCAAGUACCGCGAGGCCGGCUCCUCCAACGUUCAGGCCGUCUUCCCGCAGGUGCUCCAGGGUCUCGGCGGUGGCUUCCUCGGCGUCACCCUCCAGGUCGCUGCCCAGGUCAGCGUCCGCCACCAGGACGUCGCCACCGUCACCGCCUACUUCUUGCUUCUCACCGAGAUCGGAGGCGCUUGCGGCAACGCCGUCGUCGGCGCCGUCCAGACCAACGUCCUCCCCGGCUACCUCGACAAGUACCUGCCCAUGCUCGAUGCUGCCACGCGUGCCAAGAUCUACGCCAGCCCCACCCUGUACCUCACCACCUACCCCAUCGGAACCCCAGAGAGGACCGGCAUCAUCAACGCCUACAACGACUACAUCCACAUCCUCCUCAUCGUCUCCAUCGUCCUCUCGGUCCCGCCCAUCGUCCUCGGCCUCCUCGUCAAGAACCGCAAGCUCAACGACAAGCAGAACUGCGUCAGCAACGAGCUUGCCGGCAUGAAGCGCGUCUCUCACGACAGCGAGCACACCUCCGACGAGUCGUAUGACGCACACAAGUAA